AUGCAGCCCGCAGCUGGAGUGCAUCUGAGCGAUGCGGCUCUACCAGUGUCUCCUGAUCCUGACUGCACGGGUGGUAGCGAGCGACACAGGAGAGAUGCGGACAAGUACGGAGCUUCCUGGCCUCUGCUGUGCUGUGCUCUCGCCGGCAAGAGCCUCCUGCAGCACGUCCUCUCUUUCAACGAGAGUCAGCCGAUCUCCCUCAUCUGCAAUGAUCAGUACCCGCAGUGGAUGAAAAGCCUCCGCUUCUUUCUCCAUCGCGGUGGGCUCCACUCCCUUUACCUCACCUUCACCAAACCAGAGCACCUGCGCACCCUGGGACCCCUCAUUGCACGCUCCAGUGCCUCCCUCACGUCCCUGGGGCUGGAGCUGCUUUUCCGGCAAUGUCGGCAGGAUCGCAAGGGUUUCACUCAGGGCUUCCUGAAAGACUGCUCGCAGCUGCAGCAGCUGAGGUUGGGUCGGGGCAAGUGGAAACUGAAUGAGAGCUGUGCAAAUGCAGCAUGGAUGCAGUCCCUGCGGAGCCUGACUCUCGCAUUCGUGGAUAGCUUUGCCAUGGAGUAUAAAUUUCUGGACGCCAUCACGCCACAGCUUACGGAUUUCACUCUCUACGAGGUCCCCCGCUUCCAAUUUGGCACCAUCCGCCACAGUUUCAGUUUCUCCAACGCACGCAUUCUCCGUUUCCUCUUCCUGGAGACAAAACUCAUCUUAACUCUCAACCUCCCAUCCUCCCUCACAACCCUGUCUGUCAUGGCUCGCUUUGUCGAGCUCACCUGUCAGUCGGACACCCCUCUUGCUCUCAACCACCUCAUCCUUUAUGCCCGUUCCAAACUCCGCGCCUCCCUCCUCUGCUUCGCAUCCGCCAGGUGCCAGCUCAGAGCUUUCGUGGAAGAGUUGGCUCCGCAAGGUUGCGCCUACGGUGGAGGUGCUUAUGGUAGAGCAUGA